AGAGCGCACACGGAUCGCGCGCGCGCGAGCCCCAGACUCUUCGGAACUGAGCGAGCGUGCCUGCCCCUCCACAUCCCAUUCUCGCCAUGGCUCCUGGAGAGAAGAUCAAAGCCAAAAUCAAGAAGAAUCUGCCGGUGAGGGGGCCCCAGGCGCCUACGAUCAAAGAGCUGAUGCGGUGGUACUGUCUGAACACCAACACCCACGGCUGUCGCCGCAUCGUGGUGUCCCCCGGCCGCCUGCGGCGCCUGCUCUGGAUUCUGUUCACGCUCACCGCCGUGGCCCUUAUCUUCUGGCAGUGUGCUCUCCUCGUGGCCUCCUUCUACACCGUCUCUGUCUCCAUCAAAGUCCAUUUCCAGAAGCUGGAUUUUCCUGCUGUCACCAUCUGCAACAUCAACCCUUACAAGUACAGUGUGGUGCGGGACCUUCUAGCUGACCUGGAACAGGAGACCAGAGUGGCCUUGAAGACCCUGUAUGGCUUUCCGGAGAAUACGUCUCGAAGACGCCGAGAGGCAGAGUCCUGGAAUUCGGAUUGGGAGAGCACCCGGCCCAGAUUCCUCAGAGUGGUCCCACUGAUGGCUUUCCGUCAGGAUGAGACCGGCGAGGUCAGGGACUUCCUCACGGGGCGGAAGCGGAAGUUCAGCGGGCGCAUCAUUCACAAGGCGUCAGAUGCCAUGCACGUCCACAGGUCUAAGGAGGUGGUGGGAUUCCAACUGUGCUCAAAUGACACGUCCCACUGUGCCCUCUACACCUUCAGCUCAGGCGUCAAUGCCAUCCAGGAGUGGUACAAGCUCCACUACAUGAACAUCAUGGCGCAGGUCCCUCUGGAGAAGAAGAUCAACAUGAGCUACUCUGCCGAGGAGCUGCUGGUCACCUGCCUGUUUGACGGGGUGUCUUGCGAUGCCAGGAACUUCACGCUUUUCCACCAUCCAAUGUAUGGGAAUUGCUACACGUUCAACAACAGAGAGAACGAGACUAUCCUCAGCACGUCCAUGGGGGGCAGCGAAUAUGGGCUUCAGGUCAUCUUGUACAUAAACGAAGAGGAGUACAACCCCUUCCUGGUGUCCUCCAGUGGGGCUAAGGUGAUUGUCCACCGACAGGAUGAAUACCCCUUCGUCGAGGAUGUGGGGACAGAGAUCGAGCCUGCCAUGGCCACUUCCAUAGGGAUGCACCUGACGGAGUCCUUCAAGCUGAGCGAACCCUACAGCCAGUGCACGGAGGACGGGAGCGACGUGCCCAUCAGUAAUAUCUACAACGCGGCAUAUUCCCUCCAGAUCUGCCUUCACUCGUGCUUCCAGACGAAGAUGGUGGAGAAAUGCGGGUGCGCACAGUACAACCAGCCUCUGCCUCCAGCAGCCAACUACUGCAACUACCAGCAGCACCCCAACUGGAUGUACUGCUAUUACGAGCUGCACCAAGCCUUUGUCCGGGAGGAGCUGGGCUGCCAGGCCGUGUGCAGGGAAGCCUGCAGCUUUAAGGAGUGGACACUGACCACCAGUCUGGCACAGUGGCCAUCCGUGGUUUCCGAGAAAUGGUUGCUACCCGUUCUCACUUGGGACCAAGGCCAGCAAAUAAAGAAAAAACUCAACAAGACAGACUUGGCCAAACUCUUGAUAUUCUACAAAGACCUGAACCAGCGAUCCAUCAUGGAGAGUCCCGCCAACAGUAUCGAGAUGCUUCUGUCCAACUUCGGGGGCCAGCUGGGCCUGUGGAUGAGCUGCUCUGUCGUCUGUGUCAUUGAGAUCAUUGAGGUCUUCUUCAUCGACUCCUUCUCUAUCAUUGCCCGCCACCAGUGGCAGAAGGCCAAGGAUUGGUGGGCCAGGAGGCACACUCCCCCUCAGGGCCAGGACAACCCAGGCCUCGAUAUAGACGACGACCUGCCCACUUUCACCUCCGCGUUGCGCCUGCCUCCAGCCCCAGGGACCCAGGUGCCGGGCACACCGCCUCCCAGAUACAAUACCUUGCGUUUGGAGAGGGCCUUCUCCGACCAGCUCUCAGAUACCCAGAUACCAGCUGAGUCCUGA